CAUAUCGAUAACUGGGAAUAAUCGAUAUAGUCGAGAGUCAGCUGUCAGCAGAAAAAUAUUUCUGGAAUAACAAAAACAGGCAAAAUUACCCGUAUCCAGUCGAAAAGUCAACUCGAUCCACACUAUGAACUGGCACACGGGCAACAUUGUGGAGGCCGUGGCUGAAUCGAAGGUCAAGGACGCCGUCUUCGUGGUUUUCAUAGAGGGCCAGGAUGAGAUGUCCAGAAAGCUGGAACGAUUCGUGGACGAUAACCGGGUGCGAACCCGUUUGGAGACCUCGGAUUUUGUGGCCAUCAAAGUCCAGGGAAAUAGCUCCGCCUACGGACAGUUUUUGUCGCUAUACAAAGUCGUGCCCAUUCCCUCGCUCUUCUUUAUUGGCAAAUCGGGCACUCCCCUGGAAAUAGCCACUGGAAUUACGGAGAGUGCCGAGGAACUCGCCGCCAAGAUCGACAAGGUCCUAAUCCUGGCGGGAAAACGACCGGAGCCAGAGGCAGCCACCAGCAGCUCCUCAUUUGCGGAGGCACUGGAGCCAAAUGCGGUUAGAAGCUUUGCCGGAGCAGAUGACUCGACAAGUUUGGGCCAUGAGGAAACCCAAGCAAAUCAAGAAGAAAAAAUCCAUGGACCUGAAACCACCUCAGUUUCAAACGCACCAAUUGCAGAAGUGGAGGAACCCAAGUUGAAUCCUCCAAAUUCUCCUGCAGAAGCUAGUUUUGUCUCGAUUCCUGCUGCUGUUUCAAGCUCAAGCUUGGACUUAAAAUCCGGUUCAGAGGCGGAGAACACAUCUGUUUCUCCCGCCGCUUUGGCAGCUGAAAGGAGGGCAGCAGCCAGCAAAGUGGAGGACUCAGCAUCCACAUCCGGAGCAGUUGUCCGGAACCUUGCGUCUUCGAAUCUCAUACCAGCCGUGCCAUUGCUCACGCCUGCUGUUCCAGUUUCGGUGCAGAGACCUGCUGAACCCCUAACCGAAUCCGAGGAAAGGAUGACGGAAGUCCGGAACCUCCUACAGGAAAAGCGGAGGGAGCGCGUGGAGGAAGAGAAGCGUCGGGAGAAGGAGCAGGAGCUAAGGCGCCGCAGGGAGGGACGGGAGACGCAGACGCUGCAGGCAAGGACCAAGGAACAGGAGAUCAAAAACAUGCAGGAACAGAUACGCCGUCAGCGCCAGGAAGAGCAGCAGACUAGGGAGCGCAUCCGUGCCCAGAUCGCCGGCGACCGAGCAGAGCAGGCGCAUCGAGUCCAAGUUGCAGGGGACUUAAACAGCACGACAAACUCAGUGGCGGCCACCGGCGCCUCCAAUGCCAUCACAACAGAGUCCUCGGUGAGUUCUGUGGACGAGACGAGGCUGCAGAUACGCCUGCCCGGUGGCCUGCAGCGCACUAAAACUUUUCCUGCCGGCGAAGUGCUGGCCACCGUGCGGGUCUACGUGCGAAAUGAGCUGCUAGCGGCGAGCGAUGUGCGGGACUUCACGCUGGCCACCAGCUAUCCUCGGAGGGAGUUCCAAACGGAAGACGAAGAUAAGACCUUGACCGAACUCAAUCUGGUUCCCAAUGCGGUGGUCCUGGUGCUGACCAAGGAACAAGUGAAUCGUGUGGUGCGCAGCGGUGGUUCCCUGAUGACCAUGCUGGCCACGGUUAUUUGGGCCAUGAUCACACCGGCGGCCAAGGCUUUCGACUAUAUUCAUAAGAUGGGACUGCGGCCGCUCACUCAAAGGCUUUCCGUUCUGAUGGCCAACAUCAGGUGGCCAGGAAGACAGGUCGACGAGGCAGUUCACCCGGGUGAUGCGGCCACUCGUCGCAACAUGGACCUGUUUUCCCUGCGACCGACACCAGCACCAGGCUACGACUAUGAUUACGAUGAGCCCUCAACAUCACAGGCACCAAGGCCCACGUCGACUCCGGGAAGCGGAGCAGAAGACAGGCCCACUCCGCAAACUCAACCGGGGCCCGGAAGUACUCCUCCGCCUCAUAAUACCAGUCAGGCUUCAGGCUCUCAGUCACAGCAAUUCCAACAGCGACCCGGUGGUUAUCAGCCGCCGCGAUAUGGGGAUGCGAAUAUUCGACGACUCCAGGAUACAAAGAAGGACGAAAAGGACAAGGCCACGUACAACGGGAAUUCCACGCAGCAGCAAUAGAAGUGCUAUCCGCAAUCUGUUCGACAGCAUUCUCUAGAUAUCAACCUUUACAAUAACCUGUUAUGCUAAAUUUAAUUAUAUCAAUUCAAUAUUUCAAAAUAUUAA